AUGGGUUCGGUUAGACCUGACGUGACCAACAGUCACAAAUCCAAGUCAGAACCUGACGAAGACCAACACGACUACUUCUCCGACUCUGACCAGGACUUUGAAGCGGACCUGUUGCGGCAGCUGGACCCGGUCUUGCUUCACUCAACGUCGUCGUCGAAGCCAGGGGGCGAACAUGGAACCGGCGGCGAGGACGACGACGACAAGCCGAUCGCAGUGAGGUACAAGCUACCACAGCCCGAAGCAAAGGGCGACUACAGGGAUGGGAAUGAAUAUGGUGUGACAGGAUUCGGCCAGGGCGUACGUCACUUCAGGAGCGACACGGGCGGCCGGCUGAGACCCCGUGCGACACUGCUGACCUUGGACGUCCGACAUGAUCAUUACCGCAGGGUCUAUACAUGCACAACAAGAGAAGAAAGUUGAUGGUGCAACAAGCCGCGUUCAAGGAAGACCACGGUGGGGAGGAGAAGCCACAGUUCCUCAAAGGGCUGGCCGUCUACGUCAGUCUGACUAUGUUCGCUACCGUAAGCGCAAGGCAUUCUCUGGGUGAGACCUGAACAAAGCGAUGAUCUUGGCCACAGAUCAACGGAUACACCAAAGAAGCGACCGUCCAAGAGCUCAGUCGUCUACUCACCCUGCACGGGGGUGUCUACGUGCCGUACCUCGAUCGCAAGAGCAUGGUCACUCACAUUGUCGCCUCGGAGCUGACACCCAAGAAGCGCCACGAGUUUCGCCAGUACAAGAUCGCAACCCCAGUCUGGAUCUUGGAGUCCGUGGAGGCGGGCAAGCUGCUCGACUGGAAGCGCUACGCUUUGCUGGCCGUUUCAACGGCCGAGACCAAGACGACGCCGAGGUUCGGUUACGACCACGAGGAGUCGAGGCUGGGCACGCAAAGGGCACAACCGAGCUUGUUCGGGAUGUUCAGCGGCAAGAAGAGGUCUCACGAAGCCGAUGAUUCGACGACAUCGACGACAUCCAGCUCUGCACUCGAUCCGAGUGACGUGGCCCCGGAGAGACCUUCGAAACGAACGAUUCCGAUCGCCAUCAUCGAAGACGAGCCCGACGCAAGCUCUCACAAGGAGUUGCAAGUCCCCCAGUCAAUCAUCGCCAACACCGAAACGAUGGAGAGCCUCUCCGAACGAGGCAGGCGCUUGGCUGAAGAUGCCCUGGCCGCCGAGGCCGCGGCGUCCUCGAAAUCUUCGCCUGUAGCCAACUUUUUCCAACCUCGCUCAGCAGGCCAGCCGUCGACCAAGCCCAAAUCGCCCACGAAGCCAAGAGGUCAAAUAUACCCCCCGAAGAUCGACGCGGCCACUGGUGAAGCCGAAACCCACCCCUACCUACCGCGGCGCCUCAACAACAAUCGGACCACAGCGCUGCUCGAUGACCCCGUCUGGAUGGCCAAGCACACGUCUGUAUCUGAGGAUUUUCUCUCGACCUACUUCGCACAAUCUCGACUGCACCACAUUUCAACUUGGAAAGAGGAGCUUAAGGCAUUGGUCGCUCCACUACAAUCGAGCUCGGGCCCACCACAGCGCACCACGAAACUGACUGGCCUACCCAGCGAUGGCCGCACGAUUAUGCACGUCGACUUCGACUGCUUCUUCGUCAGUGCCGGUCUGACCAAGCGACCGGAUCUGCGAGGCAAGCCCGUCGCUGUCUGCCAUGCCCAGGCCGGCCAGGACAGCGAGACGAGUACCAGCGAGAUCGCGAGCUGUUCCUAUGAGGCGAGGGCCAGGGGCGUUGCGAACGGGAUGAGCCUGGGUCGUGCACGCGAGCUAUGCCCUGAGAUCAAGACGAUCACAUUCGACUUUGAACUGUACAAGAGCAUCUCGUCAAAGUUCUACCGCAUCCUGCUCAAGCACUCGGUGCUGUUGCAAGCCGUUUCGGUCGACGAGGUGUUGAUGGAAGUCAAGCCCAUGUCAGCACCGACUUCAUCGCAAGACCCGCUGCUCGACUACGCCCAUCGCAUCCGAGCCGAGAUCUUCGAAGCGACGGGAUGCUCGGCCUCGAUCGGGAUCUCUCACAACAUCCUGCUCGCUCGUUUGGCUUCCAGGAAGGCCAAGCCAGCCUCAGCUUUUCAUUUGACGCCGGAAUUGGUCGCUUCUCAUCUUGAGCCUCUUGAUGUCGACGCUUUGCCCGGUAUUGGUUGGAGCACUCGCGACAAGCUCAAAGACGAGCUCAAUGUCACAACCGUGGGCGGUCUAAUCAAGACUCGACAGUCAGAGUUGACGCGUGUGCUGGGGAAGCAGAAUGGGGAGAAGUUCUCCCUAUUUGCCAAAGGGAUCGACAGCCGCAAGCUGGAUGUCGGCAAAGUCCGACAAUCCGUGUCGACCGAGGUUAACUAUGGUAUUCGAUUCGAGCAGAACGAGCAGGUCAAGCGCUUCAUGCUCGAGCUCGGGGUCGAAACGGCCCGUCGCCUCAAGGAGAUCGACAUGCAAGCUCGCAAGCUGACGCUCAAGAUUAUGCAGCGCCACCCGGACGCACCACUCGAGACACCCAAGUUUCUGGGUCACGGCUGGUGUCUCACAUCGUCGGUAUCAUCCGCUAUCGCCGGUCCAGGUGGGAAAGGGACGGAUGACGGCCAGAUUGUCGGCCAGGUCGCCUUGGAACUGCUCUUGAAGACGCAAAUACCGUGUAGAGAACUGCGCGGAAUCGCGAUACAGCUACACAAGCUUGAAAAGAACGGCCAGUCAGUCGACGUCGUCCUGGAGAAGGGGCAGGGCAAGCUCUCAUUCGGCGCCGUGACCAAGUCGACAUCACGUUCGAGUGGGAAGCAGAUCACACCUCCGCUGACCGUACCACCCAUCGAGCUCUCCGAUGGACCUUCUCGACCCCAAGUCUUGCUGAGUAACGAAUCCACGUCUUCGCCUGUCCCACUGGCACAUCAGACUCGGAGCAAAGUCAUGAAGAAGGAGCCGUCGGUGAUCACACUCAGCGACUCGGAUUCCGACGACGUCAAGGUCUUUGCGCCUCCACCAGCGCCCACUCGGUCGACCCGGUCCUCUCUAACUCCGAGCGUGGCACCUCUGUUCAAGUCCACGAAGCCCAACGCCAAGCUAGUGAAGGCGCCUACGCCGAACUUGUUCAACGCUCGGCGCAAAGUGGCACCGCCGCCGCCACCCACGACGUCUCAGACCGACGAGGCCGAGCUCCGACAUUACGGCUUUGACGUUGAGGUCUUUCGGUCGAUGCCUCGGGAGAUGCAGGACGAGGCCCUUGCCGAUGCUCGCAAGGCCAAGUUCGCCCCCAAACGCCAAACGGGAGCGAAGGGCGUUUUCGGAGUGAGCACCUUUGUGACCAAGGCGACGCUUGCCAAGACUGAUCCGACAAAGUCAAAGCUGCGAGCCAAAUCGGAACCGAAUGAGGUGAUCGAGCUGUCGCCUACCCCUCCUGAGCGACCCGUUCCACCGCCGGCCGCCAAAGUUGACCCGCUCUUGCAACUGUCGCCAACGACGGUCACCGACCAACAGCUGAACCUACUGGGCAUCGAUCGAGCGUGGUUGGAUAAUCUCCCUUACGACGUCAAAUUGGAGCAGUUGCGCAACCGUGCGAUCGAAAAGAGGAAGCUCAAGGCGCUGACGGUCUUGUCGGACCGGUCCAAAAAAGCCGGCGGCGCUUCUUCGUCAACAACUUCGAACGCGCAAACGAACGCCAUGGGGAUCGCGAUUGUGCCCGUCGCGUUUCGAGCUCAGGUCCGGUUUCAGAAACAGAGCUCGACGGACGAGGUGUUUCGAAAGAUCGAGGCGUGGUGCGCCUCGCCUGAAUUACCCGACUCUGGCGACGUCGAGCGCGUGGCCAAGUUCUUGGAGAAGUGUUGCGAGAGGGAGAAGGGGCACGACGUGAAGAAGGCGGUCGAUGUGCUCAAGUGGUGGUCGAUCAUCUUGGAAGAGCAGUACGGGCUCGAGAAGACGGUCCUGUCCGCAGGCGGGGGUGAGAAGGGCAAGGUGUGGUGGCAGAGGUUUCGGGAUGUGGUCGCGCGAGUUCAAGUUGCGGUCAGGCGGGAGCAUGGAAGCCUCUUGGUUAUAUGA